AUGGGAGACCAUCCACGCUCCCCACCAUUGGAUUUACACAACAUCUUUAAGAUGCCAAAAACUAAAUCUUUGAAAGAUGUUAGCAAGGUUUACAAAACAUUUGUAUCAAAACGCCACCAUGACAAGAAACACAAUGAGGAACCAACAACACCCUUAGGUUUUGAUCACAAUGAAAAUAGAAGAGUGGAUGAAGACAUUUGGAGUCCUAAAUUGAUGUCAAGGAGUGAAAGUAGAAGAUCAAAAACUCCAAAUCCAAGAACAAGGCCUCUAUCAAGAAAUGAAAGCAGAAGAUGCAAAACACCAACCUCAUUAUCGCGGAGUAAUAGUCGAAAAAGUGCAACAGAAAUUGCUGCAUCAUCUCUCAAAAGAAUUAUGAGCAGAAGAAGUAGUUCUUCAGCUUCUUUAUCAAGAGACGAUAUCAAAUUGGAGAUUUCUGAACCUGAGCUAUUGCCUAAGUUUGCAGUCUCUCCAAUACAGGAGUUUGUAAUAAGAAGUUUAAGAGAAAAAGAACACCAUGACCAUAAAGUGUCUCUCUCAAGCAAUCUCAGCCGUAGAUCCACAACACCUAUCAUAUUUUCACAGACAACAACAAGAAGGAAACCACCAGAAGUUGAGAAAACACUUGAAUUCACACUUGAGGAGUUAUGCUUUGGAUGUGUCAAAAAGAUUAAAGUUACUAGAGAUGCUAUCAGACACCCCGGGGUGAUCAUCCAGGAGGAGGAAAUUUUAAAAAUUGAAGUGAAGCCAGGAUGGAGAAAAGGAACAAAGAUUACAUUUGAGGGAGUUGGUGAUGAGAAACCUGGUUACCUCCCUGCUGAUAUAGUAUUUUUAAUUGAUGAAAAGAAACACCCUUUGUUUAGCAGAAAUGGCAAUGAUUUGGAAAUUUGUGUUGAGAUUCCUCUAGUAGAUGCACUUGCAGGAUGCACCAUACCAAUUCCUCUGUUAGGAGGAGAAAAACUGAAGUUAUCAUUUGAGAAUACUGUUAUAUAUCCUGGUUUUGAGAAAGUUAUUAAAGGUCAAGGAAUGACAAACCCCAAAGAUAAUAGCACAAGAGGUGACCUUCAUGUCAAAUUCUUUGUUGACUUCCCCACAGAAUUAAGUGAUGAACAAAGGAAAGAAGCUGUUAGUAUUUUACAAGAUUGCUGCUAAUAAUGACUAUAGUUGUAUGUAUGAAAAGAUGCACUAAUGUGAUACAAAUUAACAUGAUA